AUGCACUCGGGGCUCACCGGCUUCACCGGCGACUCGAUUUCGCCAUUGGGAGCAGUCACUUUGCCUAUAACCUUGGGAGUUCCACCAAGAUCGAAGACGGUGAUGUCCACCUUCUUAGUGGUCGACCUCCCCACUGCAUACAACGCCAUCCUCGGCCGCCCAACCCUCAACAAAAUCAGGGCCGUCGUCUCCACUUAUCACCAAACGGUGAAGUUCUCGACCCACGCUGAGGCCGGGGAAGUCUGGGGAAGCCCCCGUGAGACCAAGCAAUGUUACUUGACAACAGUCUCACUGCACAAAAGGGCGAGGACCGAGCAACCCCCGGGGGACCCUAGGGAAAUGAAGAAGCCGACCCCACAUCCUGAGCCAACGGCGCCCACUUGCGACGUACCGCUAAUGAAGGAUCGGCUAGACCGAACGAUCAGGAUUGGGUCGGAACUCCCCGAGCAAGAGCGGGAGCAACUCGUCGGCUUCCUACAGGAGAAUGCCGACGUCUUUGCUUGGUCGCCCUCCGACAUGACGGGCGUCGACCUGAAGACUGUUGGGAAAUCUUGGGACUGCUACCCCCUCCCAAGGAUUGACCAGUUCGUCGACGCGACCGCCGGGCAUGCUCGCCUUUCGUUUAUGGACGCCUUCUCCGGCUACAACCAGAUCAGAAUGGCGCCCGAGGAUCAAGAGGACACGGCCUUCCUCACCGACAGGGGGGCAUAUUUUUACAAGGUUAUGUCAUUCGGCUUGAAAAACACAGGCGCCACGUAUCAGAGAAUCGUGAACAAGAUGUUCGCCCAGCAGAUCGGGCUGAACAUCGAAGUCUACGUCGACGAUAUGAUCAUGAAGAGCCGCGCGACAGCAGACCACCUGACCGAUUUGGCUGAAACGUUCGCCACCUUGCGAAGAUACGGCCUGCGACUCAACCAUGAUGUGGUAUGCGUUCCUCCUGGUUAG